AUGUUGUCGCUAGUGCCCCCGGGUGUCGUGCAGGUCGACGCUGCCGUCUCGUUGAGUCUGCUUGGUGACCGGACGCCGCCGGUUCUUUUGCUCAAGAAGAAUGGUAUUCCGUCCGAAGUCGACUAUGACGUGCGGUGGAACACGAGUGCCAACGACACGUACAUCAGCAACAGCAUCCCCGACUCCAAGUACGCCAGACACUAUGAUGAGUGUCGAACUGGCACGUACUUUGCAACGAUGUGGGGUGGCAACAUCAUCGAGUCCAUCAACACGUUCGGCGUCGGGCCGUCCGUCAACAUGUGGUACUUUCUCGACUUUACGUUUCUCACGUGCGACGACGCCGACGUCACGGGCGCCGACUGCGCUGUCCACGUCGUCCCGACCUCCAAGCGGCAUCAAGCGGCGACGCCCAGCUUGAAGCACGGCUCGGUGCCCGGCGACUGCAUCGAUGUCGGCGAUCCGACCCGCGUGUUUUCCUUCGAGUUGCCAUCGGCCGCCGCGGGGCUCUCUGUCUUUCUCUUCCUUGACAAGACGCGGGGAAGUGUUAACUGGGCCCUGUACCACGGCCGCGCCAACCCGCUCGACGCCUCGGCCGUCGCCGUUGUCGCCAACAGCUCGACCAAUUCGACCCAGUUGAGAGUCGACCGCCCUCUCCGCGGGACCUGGUCCAUUGUGGUCUCGGUCACCGACGCGAACGGGUUCUGCUACAACGACGAUGGCGUCCCCUUCUCGCUCGCGUGGAUGACGACGCCCUGUGCGACGGGUGACGCGCUCUGCGUGGCCGACUACAUGCCCAUGGGUACGAACCGUGACAGUGCGAACGGCGUUGGCGACUCUGUCCUCGCCGCGUCGUUUGCGAGCCCAGAGCCUGCGGUCGCCAACGCGUCGACGCCAAUCGGCUUUGUCGUCGACGUCCCCGCCAUGUACGCGGGUGCUGCGCUGACGCUGCAACUCGCGUCCAAAAACCUCUCGCUUGCCAGCACCAUCUACAUUCGCGCCAACGGACUGCCGUCGCCAACGCUGUACGAUUACCGCUUUUCAAUUGGCGCAGCGACCGCCAUGGACGACCCGACCUUGCAUCCGUACAACCCGCAGGCGCCGCCACCCCUCGCCUUUCCGCUGCUCAAGGCCAUGGACGACGAUGCAGCGAUCUUUCAGCAGCUACCGCCCAUUGUGUUUCCGACAGUCGACGCGACCUGGUACAUUGCUAUCGUGCCACCGCACUCCUCCAUCUCGUCGUACGCCGUCGCCCUCAAUGUGGCGAGUCUCGCGUGUCCGCCCGAGUACGCGUGCAGCAACCGUGGCACAUGCCUUGUCGAGACCGCGUACCAAGGCCUUUCGUACGGCCGGUGCGCGUGCCACUAUGGCUACGGCGGCCGCCAGUGUGAAGUGUCCGUUUACUCAACGUCCGAGCGCCUUGGUCGGUCGUGGCUCCUGCUUGGUUCCAACGCAGCCAUUGUACCCGCGGGUGUGUUUUCGUGGCGCCGCAAGCUCUACGUCGAAGCUGUGCUCUUCUUUGGCCUCGGCGUCAUCUCGGCCGUGUACCAUGCGUGCGACCUGGAGAUUUUUUGUCUCUUCCCCUAUCCCUUUCUUCAGGCGAUGGAUUUCGCGUUUACGUUCAACGCGAUUCUGCUUGGGUUUAUCCACCUCUCGGGCGCGUUCAAGCACGUCAAAGCAGCGAUGCAGGUGUUUGUGCUCGUCUCGCUCGUCUUUAUGACCACGCACAACGCGACGUCGAUGGGCAACUGGCUCGUCAUUGGCGUCGUCUGCGCCUGUCAGUUCAUUGGCUCGUGGACCUACUACUUGACGCUGGCCGCCCAGCGCCUCACUUGCAGUCUUCCAAGCGCGCUCAAGCGCUUCUUGUGGCACAGUGACAACUUUGAGUACCGGUACUUGCUACUGGGGCUGGCACUGUUUGGCGGCGCGUUGGGCUGCUUCUUUACCGAAGUCGGCACCUCGUACUGGCUCAUUCACUCGAUCUGGCACUUGACCGCCAUGUCGUCUGCAUGCACAUUUAUGGCGUUGCGCAAGACAAUCGGUACCGCUGCGUCGGCGCCGACGGUGUCGAUGUGCUUUCGCACGACUACACGGUGCUCCUUCGCUUGAAAGCGAGUCAAGUCAACCCGUCCGAUGUCACUCUGGAGAUCAAGAGCCCCGCCACGCAGCCCGACCCCAUGUGACGCGCCGAUUCCUUUGUCUUUAUGCAAGAAUGUCACAAAUUGUCCAUACG